AUGGAAUCAGUUCUUGAACUGUUCACUCCAAUGAGCCGCAAACUGUUGGAGGGUGCAAGGUUGGGCGAUACCAACAUGCUUGGAACGACCAUCCCUGACGUCCAUGUGAUGGCUGGAGGGAACUCGAUGCUUCACAUCGCAGCCAAGCUGGGACACACCGAUUUCUGCAAAAAAGCCCUCGACCUACUGCCCUCACUCCUCCAGUUGAAGAACGCACGAGGAGACACUCCAUUGCACAUCGCCGCGAGGGCAGGCCAUCACCAGCUAGUGAAUGACCUCAUCUCUAUUGCCUCUGGAAGGAGCGCCCAGGGCGACGACAGAGUGUGUUCACUAGUCCAGAUGGCAAACGACGUUGGUAACACUGCCUUGCACGAGGCGGUACAGAACGGCCAUGAACAGGUCGUCGAUGCACUAAUGGCGAAGGCUCCAGGUGUGUCCGCGGUGACCAACAACGUCAACGGCCUCUCGCCCCUCUUCAUGGCGGUGGAGUGCGAGUCGGUGCCGAUCGUGCGACGAUUACUGGAGGCGGGCGAGGCGUCAUGCGACGGACCCAACGGGCAGACGGCAAUGCACUCCGCUGUCCUUGUGAGAUACGGAUUAUUUCUUUUUCUUUUUUUUGUAAGGAAUAUAUGUAAUUACUUAAACCGAUGUGAUGAGUUAGUUUUAAGCAAUGACGUAUAUGUUUUAGAAAUCACAAAAAUAUUGCUGGAGGAGAGACCAAGAUUACUGAAGAAAGCCGAUAACAAUGGAAACUCUCCUCUCCACUUUGCUGCCUCGGACCGUGAUAUUGAAAAGGUAAAACUACUCCUGGAAAAGGAUGCAUCCAUUGCGCGUCUGCAAGACAAUAAUGGUGCCUCUGCAAUUCAUGUUGCUGCUAGUUGCGGGCAUGUAAGUACAAUUGAGCAUCUCGAUAAAGUAUUGCCUGAUUGUGUGGAGCUGAUGGACAAUGAAGGCAGGAGCUUCCUUCAUGUAGCCAUUGAAAAGGAAAGGGAAAUGGUUAUCAGAUAUGUUCUCCGAUCACCGGAUCUCAUUGAUCUUCUAAAUCAGCCAGAUAAAAAAGGGAACACGCCCUUACAUGCAGCUGCGUUAUCUGGAAACGUAGAUAUCACAUGGAUGCUGUCGUCCAAUAAAAACGUUAAGAAAAAUGCAAUGAACAACGAAGGUCAUACCGCUCUUGAUGUCGCUUCGCGCCGCACAUGGACACCACUUGAACGUCCGAACUUAUUGAUUAAGCAACUGAUGAUCAAUGGUUCACGGUUCAGUCCGCAGUGCCGUGAUUCAAAUCGUUUGGAGAUGCAAGAAGAAGAACCUCGAGAUUAUAUAUUAUUCGCCAACAACUUGUCCGUGACGGCAGCGCUUAUUACCACCGUCACAUUCGGUGCAGCAUUUACUUUGUCAGGAGGCUACAAAAGUGAUGUGAGCAAUGAUCCAGAGCUUCUACCAUCGUGGGAUUGUGGGUUUUUGCAAGCCGAGCAUCCAACUGCAAUUGUUUUGUUGGUCGGGGAGGCGUCUGCCGGCGACCUUAAAAUGGUGAAGAGGAUGCUGCGUCCACGGCGUAUUUGCGUGACGAUGACGGAGCCUUUGCGAUACACGUUGCAGCAAGUUGCGGACAUUUAG